UUUUCAGUUUAGACAUGAAUUCUGAUUUUGAGCUCAAUUCAUCAAUCCUGUCAUCAGCAAAUACUUCAGAAACCGACUUAACACUAACAGAACCUCUUACGAUUGACGUAAACAAAGGUCACUCUAAAUAUGUUUCUCACUAUGGCGAUGUGGAUCUUGAUAGUAUUCAUAUUGCGCCCAAUGCUAACUUUUGCUGCAAUGAUGUGAAUAGCGAAACACAUGUUGCCGUCUACGAGGAACUUUGUCGAAUAAGUGAGAAGUUAAAACAGGAAGCAAAACGACAGAAAGAUUUCGAAGAGACAAUUUUAAGAAGAGCGAAAGUGGUCGAACAGAGAGAAGAGGAGUUGAACUGUUUUUCAGUGCAGCUCACUGAGAAAGAGAAGCGAGUUGUGAAUUUCGAAGCGUCACUUUACGAAGUGAAACAUAAUUUCGAUUCUUCAGUUCACGAGAAGAUUUCAGUGGCGAUUAAUCUUUGCAAAAGACAGAUGGAAUCUAACAUUUCUCAGCUGGAAAAAGAACUGAGGGAGAAAAAUGCGGAAAUCAAGCGCCUUCAAGGAAGUUUCAACAUGUUGAAAGAUACAUGUGAUCGACAGAAAGGUAAAAUAACUGACCUUGAAAGUAAAAAUUCGCAAGUGCAAACCCAACUUACCUCGGCCAAUGGACGGCUAAAAAAUCUGCUUAGACAACAAAAAACGAGUAGUCAGGUCGUAACCAAAAGUUUUUCGGGAACAAAACCUAAAGCAAAACUUGUUUCUAGAGGAACGCACUGUGAUUUGAUCCAAAAUGAAGUUACGAAAACUUCAAAAUUUACCAGCGCCGAGAUUUUAACCAGACAGUUCGAUUGGAUAAAUAAAAUACAGUUCGAAGCGUAUAAAGAUACAACUCUUCCUAGUAUAGAAGAAAUCAUAAGCAAAUCAAACCAUCUAAUGUCCAUUACUGUCAAAAGCCUUAUAUUGUCGGAUUCAAAUCUGAACCCUGUUUUAUCAGCAGAUUUGGAGUGCUCAAUUUUACAAUUUGUCUACUGGAUAUUGUACUUUUCUGAAAAAUCAGAAACCUCUAGCUCAUAUCCGAGUUCUUUGCUGCGAAAUUUUAGUGAAGUGAUAUUUAAAAGUAUGGACUCAAAAGCUGAAGAUCAAGUUACUUCAAGUAACCCAGAAAAGCUCUGUUCAAGCGAAGAACCGAAAAACCGACUGCUGUCGGUUCUAGUUUUAAUGAAGACUUGUAACGAUACUUACAGGUUGAUAAAAUCAGCUGCUCAAUUGAAGAAAGAGCUCAAUCUUACAGAGUCGAAGAGUUUGUUUGCUCAAAUACGAGGUGCUAGCUACAUAUCAUUUCUGUUAAAUACCCACAAGCCAGCAGAGUUUUCAGCACUGUUGGAUGUGUUCGUGCAACUCUCCUUGGAUUCUAAUUUAGAACCGAACGAGGCCCUCCCGUCUUCAUUGGACAAUUUAAUUUCCGAGAAGUUGUCGAAGUUAUUGCAAGAUUCGAAUCCAGAAUCGCAGCUGCUAGAGAAAUUGAUGGUCGUGCUGCAAAGAAUCUGUAAAGUGAGGUCACAGAAAAAACUUUUUGAGCAGAAAAACUUGAUACCACAUUUACAACAGUUGUGGCUCAAAUCAAACUCGGAUAACGCAUUUUUAGCUCUUAGUGUCAGAUCCGUGUUGUCUUCUGUAGGUGCUAGUAUUCCUAUUUUGAAGUGAAAAUUAUAAAUUUGUA